AUGGACGGUUUGUUUGGUUUUUGCGAGUUGUCGAUGUGCUCGGAGUUGCUCGGUCGUUGCUUCUUCGGACUGAUUUCUCUCGUAGAAUGCUUUGCUCUAUAUUCCAGUUUUGCUGUUAUGGGAAAGCUUUGUUUUUUGAAUGGAAAUGGAUUUGAGCUGAAAUGGGUUGAUUGCUUGGAGUUGGAGAAACUCUUCUGCCGGAAGAAUUACCUUAGACUGUGGAUUGGACUGUUCAGCAACAUGGUUCAGACGCUGGAAGCUAUCAAAGGUGGUGGAGGAUCCAUCAGGAUUGGAACCACUGGUACAAUCAGUGCGCUAAUGACGAGAGAAUUGGAAUCCAUCAAGUCUGCUCCUAAGACGCCAAUCUCUCCUAGAAAUCGACCUCGGCCGCAAGUGGUUUCCAUUUCCUGCAGGGCCACUACUCCUAAAAGACCACAACAAAGGAAGUCAAUGGACGGAGCAAGCAGCAGCAACUGUGCUGAUGAAAGAAGCCUGGAGGUUCCUCGGAAAACAAAAGGUCAUGGCAGAACUAACACUGAACUCCCAAUGCUCGCAGGCGAUGAUGUUGCUCUUGAUGGAACUCCAGAGAGGAGGAAAACUGACAAAAAGGAGCAGCCAUUUCUUGAGGGAUUUCUGUGUCGCUUGGUCUGGAUUUAUACAUGUUCUCUAUGCCGGGAGCUAUGGAAGCUUGAUAAUGAAGAGAGGUGGUUUUGGGUCUUGUCUGGGUGGGAAGAUUGCUUUCGAUCUGGGGCACUGGGUGUUUUGGUCUCAUAGCUAGUGUAUUCACAUGAAUUCUGAACCUUAAGUUUUCUAUCUGAGAGGGAACCCCUGUAGAUUUUUACUACUUGGUGGAUGGGAUAGUGACAUAAGGUCACUUUAUACAUGUGCUUGCAGUUAAAACCUUUUAAGGUGCUAACCAACUGUCGUAUUUCUCUACCUGCUAAA